AUGGCUGAAAAUGUUCAAGCAACUGUUGAAGAUGAUGUUCAAGCAAGUGAAAAUGCAACUGCAGAUGUUGCUAUUCAGGAAACUGCACAAGAAAGUGUAAGUAUUGAAGCAACUACAUAUGAUGCUAUUCAGGAAACUAUACAAGAAGGUGUAGGUAUUGAAGAAAUUGCAUAUGAUGCUAUUCAGGGAACUAUUCCAGAAAGUGUAGGUAUUGAUGAAACUGUAGAUGAUGUUAUUCAGGAACCUGUACCAGAAAGUAAAUGUGGUUAUGAACCUCAUGAGAAUGCACAUGCUUUGGAAAGGGUAAAUGUGAUGCCUGACCCUGUGUCACCAGUGGAAAUGGUUGCAGAUGUUAAUAAGAUUGAAGAUCACUUGGAAGCAUAA